AUGGAGGUGACUGCUGGUGGCCCGGGUACUGAGCAUGGUACGCAAGAAGUGCCAGCGCAACAGUUUGACGUUCCUGAAACGCCGCAGCAGAAAGCACUGUUGAACUUGGUGUUCCGGUCGAUGAAACGGACGCAUGACAUGUUUUAUCACGAUUAUGGAACCCUGCCGGAAUUGGACCCGAAAGCUGAUAAUUUGUGGCGAGCGGUGAAACUGAGGUCAGAAUACGGGGAUGUGCUAAAAGAAGUGAACGAAGCGAAGCGGAAGAAGGAGGAGGAACUUCUAAAAUUACCAAGCAAGACAGCUAUAAAUGUGCCCAGCAGUGCCGGUGAUAACGCUGCUCCACUUGCCAUCGAUGCUGGAAGCACAGCAGAAGCUGCAAGCAGGGCCAAAGACACUGCAGUGGCAACGACGACACCUGCAAGGCCUGAGGACAGUACCGUACGCACGAUGCUGCCAGCUCGAGCUCCUAUGAUGAUUAAGCCAAAGUGGCAUGCGCCCUGGAAGCUGUACAGGUGUGCACUUACUUAUUUUUUAGAUAGCAGGUACCAUCGAACAAUUUGA